GGGGCGGCGUCGCGGCCCGGGCGGGGGCAGCACUUUCGGAGCGCUGUCAAAUCCCCCCGCGCCCCACCCCCCCGGCCCGAGAGCGAGCGAGCGUUGGCCGCAGCAGUUGUACGGACCCCGAGCUCCCGGCGUGAGUCAGCGGGGCCGGCUGCAGCUCAAGCCGGUAAGAUUGUCUCUGGGUGCUAGCACCCAGUUACUUCUCUCCCAAUGAAGUACAUCCUAGUCACCGGAGGGGUCAUCUCUGGCAUCGGUAAAGGGAUCAUUGCCAGCAGCAUUGGGACCAUUCUGAAGUCAUGCGGACUCCGAGUGACAGCCAUCAAAAUUGACCCCUACAUUAACAUUGAUGCUGGCACAUUCUCCCCCUACGAGCACGGUGAAGUGUUCGUCUUAAAUGAUGGUGGGGAAGUUGACUUGGACCUUGGGAAUUAUGAGAGAUUCUUGGACAUCAAUCUGUUUAAGGACAACAACAUCACCACAGGCAAGAUCUACCAGCAUGUGAUCAGUAAGGAGCGGCAUGGUGAUUUCCUAGGGAGGACAGUUCAAGUGGUCCCGCACAUCACGGAUGCAAUCCAGGAGUGGGUGAUGACUCAGUCCCUGAUCCCGGUGGAUGGGCAGAAGGAACCGCCCCAAAUCUGUGUGAUCGAGCUGGGUGGCACCAUUGGCGACAUUGAGGGCAUGCCAUUUGUGGAAGCCUUCCGGCAGUUCCAGUUUCGGGUCAAGAGAGAGAACUUCUGUUGCAUCCACGUUAGCCUGGUCCCACAGCCUAUCAUGAAUGGGGAACAGAAGACCAAACCCACCCAGAACAGCGUAAGGGCGCUGCGGAGCAUGGGCCUAUUCCCGGACCUGAUUGUGUGCCGGAGCUCCAUCCCCAUCGAGAUGGCUGUGAAGGAAAAGAUCUCCAUGUUCUGUCACGUGAACCCUGAGCAGGUGAUAUGUAUCCAUGACCUUGCCUGCACAUACCGAGUGCCUCUGCUUUUGGAGGAGCAAGGCCUCAUUAACCAUUUGAGAGACAGACUGGAUUUGCCUAUUGGUGAAUCUUCAAGUAAUCUGCUUUUCAAGUGGAAAAAAAUGGCUGACAGGUAUGAGAAUCAGCAAAAACCUUGCUGCAUAGCUCUGGUUGGCAAAUACACCAAGCUCAGGGACUGCUACACGUCUGUGUUCAAAGCCCUGGAACACUCAGCCUUGACCAUCAACUACAAGCUGAAUCUGAUGUACAUCAACUCCAGUGACCUGGAGCAGAACACCGAAAAUCAGGACCCCAUAAAGUUCCAUGAGGCGUGGCAGAAGCUCUGCAAAGCUGAAGGAGUCCUUGUGCCAGGUGGCUUUGGAAUGGAUGGAACUCUGGGAAAAAUCCAGGCAAUUUCUUGGGCAAGAAAAAGGAAGAUUCCUUUUCUGGGAGUGUGCCUGGGAAUGCAGCUAGCUGUGAUUGAGUUUGCCAGAAACUGCCUUGAUAUGAAAGAUGCCAAUUCCACAGAAUUUGAGCCAGAUGCCCGCAUUCCUUUGGUGAUUGAUAUGCCUGAGCACAAGUCUGAUGAUAUGCGAGGAACAAUGAGACUGGGAAUCCGAAGAACUGUUUUCAAAGUAGAAAAUUCCAUCUUGAGAAAACUCUAUGGCAACGUUCCUUUCAUAGAAGAGAGACAUAGACAUCGUUACGAGGUGAACCCAAAUAUGAUCAAUCACUUUGAGAAGAAGGACUUGAACUUUGUAGGUCAGGAUGACAAAGGGGAAAGAAUGGAUAUCAUCGAACUGGCAAAUCAUCCUUAUUUUGUUGGUGUCCAAUUCCAUCCUGAGUUUUCUUCUAGGCCGAUGAAGCCUUCUCCUCCUUACUUGGGACUAUUGCUUGCAGCAACUGGGAACCUGAACAACUACAUACAUCGAGGAUGCAAACUGUCUCCCAGUGACAGAUUCAGCGAUGGCAGUGAUGACAGCUUUUCAGAGCCAAGGUUCUCUGACUUGGAAAUAAACUGAAACUCAUACAUUAUUUGGAUACCAGGGCCUCUGAGGGUAAGAGGAAUCUUUUAGUUCUUGUUCGUUUUACAGACAAGCUGUAAUGUU